AUGUUGGCGCCAUCCGAACAGGGAAUGGUUCAACUGGGAAACGAUCUGAAAAGCUCUCAUCGCCAACAAAUUCGUGAAGCUGACGUUCAGAAGUGGCGUAAUGAUGUAUUGUCGGUGAAUCGUCCACGAGUAAAUGGCUUUAAUCAGCACGAGACGGCCGAAAGUGCACGAGAGUAUGCGAGAAAGAUUGCCGACUCGAUCCCGAAGAGCAAUGGCUUUCACACCUACACUGGGAGUGAUGAAGACGUUGGAACUCGCAGCGACUCGGCGACAAACUCACUUCCAUCCCCCUCAGGGGAGCUGACCGUCACAACCAGCCACGAACGAAAAUACUCGGACUACUCCUCUGCUUCUAGUCAAAAGUCGCCUACUCCACCCAGUCAGUCAUCGUUCUCCGAUUACUCGUCCAUCUAUCGCUCGCAAGCCUCUCCACCGGAUUCUCAGCGAUCAGACAGCCCGCUGAAGGCCGAUUUGACGACUAGAAUCAAUGUGAACGGCGCGCAAACAGAUCGGUUCUCGAAGAAGCCCAAUGACGACAUGGGACUGCAGUCACAGAAGGGCGAGACAGGGACCGAUCUGGCCUUGCGAAAGAUACUCAGCGAAGCCAGCAGAAAACAGCUCUUCUCCCAGCUACGGUGUUGGGCUGACGCAGCAGGUCUCUGUGCGAAUUGUCGCCUCCCAAUGUACGAUAACGAGGAACGAUAUACGGUCAACGAUUCCACGUACCACAGAGCUUGUUUCACGUGCGAGGUGUGCGGACGAGAGUUGAGGGAACAGCAGUUCUACCUCAGUGACGGCCGGUUUUACUGUAAACAAGAUUACCUGUACAAUAUGGAGCGCAAGGUGACACGAUGUGCCGAAUGCAAGCAACCAAUUCAGGAAAUGCGUUCUGUCAGCACUCAAUCGAAACUAUCAUCCAGCAUGCUUCACUUGCACUGCGUGCGGAAUGUGCCUGGAUGGCGUUCAGUUCGCCCUCGACAAAAACAAUCAGUUUUCAAGGUGUACUGCUUACCGGAUUACCACGAGCGCUUUGCACCGCGCUGCCAUCGAUGUAAAAACACAAUUCUACCCGAUGAGAAUACUGGUGAAACGGUGCGGAUCGUGGCAUUGGACAACAACUAUCAUGUGGACUGCUAUUCCUGUGAGGGUUGUGGUCUGAAGCUGACCGACGAAGGGAGAUGCGUGCUGCUAUCCGCUCGGAAAGCAUCUUCUCUGCGAGAAAUGUCAUCUAGCCUGGAGACGUUCCGGUUCUGA